AUGCGUCAAUCAGUUGACAACACUAGCACGCAAACUGACCCGAUGAUUCAGACAGUAUCAAUUCCCGCAGUAAUACCGAAUAAAACGAUCGAUGUCCAAACACAGUCAGGUUUUGUUAAAUGUGAUUCAGAAACACAAACUUUACACGAACCUCACGCAGUACCGGUUAUAAAGGAUGUCAGUGUUAGACAUGAAUCACAUCACGUACAAACAGUAAACAAGAAACUACAGGCAAUGGUAUCUCUUCCGUCAGAUGAUGUGUGUUUGCAAACAGACGAGCUAACGGUACAUACUGUCAAACCUAUCACUCAGGCAGUUUAUCGGGCCCCGGAAGUCGAACACAAGCAAACACAAGCGGAAUUUAUGAAAACCGCUGUAAAAACAUAUGAUAUACAAACACAGUCAGGUACAGUAGUCAGUACACAAUCCACGCAAACUAUUCUAGAGGAACGACCACUAGUCCAUACAGCAGAUGUUGGUGUGAUUCAUAGUGAGAAAUCACCAUCACUGGUAAACAAGAAAUUGCAAGUAACCAUGCGUCAAUCAGUUGACAACACUAGCACGCAAACUGACCCGAUGGUGCAAAUUCCAGUUGUUGUGCCCAAGACCACAUUCGAUGUUGUCACUCAGUCUGGUACAAUAUUCUGUGCACAAGCUGUUCAGACUGUUCCUGAGGAACGACCUAUACUACACACUGCGGACGUCAGUGUAAUUCAUUCUGAGAAAUCGCCAUCUGUGUUGCACAGGAAUGUUCAGGCAACCGUGCGUCAAUCACUUGAGAACUCUAGCACGCAAACUGACCCGAUGGUGCAAAUUCCAGUUGUUGUGCCCAAGACCACAUUCGAUGUUGUCACUCAGUCUGGUACAAUAUUCUGUGCACAAGCUGUUCAGACUGUUCCUGAGGAACGACCUAUACUACACACUGCGGACGUCAGUGUAAUUCAUUCUGAGAAAUCGCCAUCUGUGUUGCACAGGAAUGUUCAGGCAACCGUGCGUCAAUCACUUGAGAACUCUAGCACGCAAACUGACCCGAUGGUGCAAAUUCCAGCUGUUGUGCCCAAGACCACAUUCGAUGUUGUCACUCAGUCUGGUACAAUAUUCUGUGCACAAGCUGUUCAGACUGUUCCUGAGGAACGACCUAUAUUACGCACUGCGGAUGUUAAUGUGAUUCAUGGUGAGAUGUCACCGUCGCUAGUAAGCAAGAAACUGCAAGCAACCAUGCGUCAAUCACUUGAGAACUCUAGCACGCAAACUGACCCGAUGGUGCAAAUUCCAGUUGUUGUGCCCAAGACCACAUUCGAUGUUGUCACUCAGUCUGGUACAAUAUUCUGUGCACAAGCUGUUCAGACUGUUCCUGAGGAACGACCUAUACUAAAAACUGCGGAUGUUAGUGUGAUUCACAGUGAGAAAUCACCAUCACUGGUAAACAAGAAAUUGCAAGUAACCAUGCGUCAAUCAGUUGACAACACUAGCACGCAAACUGACCCGAUGAUUCAGACAGUAUCAAUUCCCGCAGUAAUACCGAAUAAAACGAUCGAUGUCCAAACACAGUCAGGUUUUGUUAAAUGUGAUUCAGAAACACAAACUUUACACGAACCUCACGCAGUACCGGUUAUAAAGGAUGUCAGUGUUAGACAUGAAUCACAUCACGUACAAACGGUAAACAAGAAACUACAGGCAAUGGUAUCUCUUCCGUCAGAUGAUGUGUGUUUGCAAACAGACGAGCUAACGGUACAUACUGUCAAACCUAUCACUCAGGCAGUUUAUCGGGCCCCGGAAGUCGAACACAAGCAAACACAAGCGGAAUUUAUGAAAACCGCUGUAAAAACAUAUGAUAUACAAACACAGUCAGGUACAGUAGUCAGUACACAAUCCACGCAAACUAUUCUAGAGGAACGACCACUAGUCCAUACAGCAGAUGUUGGUGUGAUUCAUAGUGAGAAAUCACCAUCACUGGUAAACAAGAAAUUGCAAGUAACCAUGCGUCAAUCAGUUGACAACACUAGCACGCAAACUGACCUGAUGAUUCAGACAGUAUCAAUUCCCGCAGUAAUACCGAAUAAAACGAUCGAUGUCCAAACACAGUCAGGUUUUGUUAAAUGUGAUUCAGAAACACAAACUUUACACGAACCUCACGCAGUACCGGUUAUAAAGGAUGUCAGUGUUAGACAUGAAUCACAUCACGUACAAACGGUAAACAAGAAACUACAGGCAAUGGUAUCUCUUCCGUCAGAUGAUGUGUGUUUGCAAACAGACGAGCUAACGGUACAUACUGUCAAACCUAUCACCCAGGCAGUUUAUCGGGCCCCGGAAGUCGAACACAAGCAAACACAAGCGGAAUUUAUGAAAACCGCUGUAAAAACAUAUGAUAUACAAACACAGUCAGGUACAGUAGUCAGUACACAAUCCACGCAAACUAUUCUAGAGGAACGACCACUAGUCCAUACAGCAGAUGUUGGUGUGAUUCAUAGUGAGAAAUCACCAUCACUGGUAAACAAGAAAUUGCAAGUAACCAUGCGUCAAUCAGUUGACAACACUAGCAUGCAAACUGACCCGAUGGUGCAAAUUCCAGUUGUUGUGCCCAAGACCACAUUCGAUGUUGUCACUCAGUCUGGUACAAUAUUCUGUGCACAAGCUGUUCAGACUGUUCCUGAGGAACGACCUAUACUACACACUGCGGACGUCAGUGUAAUUCAUUCUGAGAAAUCGCCAUCUGUGUUGCACAGGAAUGUUCAGGCAACCGUGCGUCAAUCACUUGAGAACUCUAGCACGCAAACUGACCCGAUGGUGCAAAUUCCAGUUGUUGUGCCCAAGACCACAUUCGAUGUUGUCACUCAGUCUGGUACAAUAUUCUGUGCACAAGCUGUUCAGACUGUUCCUGAGGAACGACCUAUACUACACACUGCGGACGUCAGUGUAAUUCAUUCUGAGAAAUCGCCAUCUGUGUUGCACAGGAAUGUUCAGGCAACCGUGCGUCAAUCACUUGAGAACUCUAGCACGCAAACUGACCCGAUGGUGCAAAUUCCAGUUGUUGUGCCCAAGACCACAUUCGAUGUUGUCACUCAGUCUGGUACAAUAUUCUGUGCACAAGCUGUUCAGACUGUUCCUGAGGAACGACCUAUACUACACACUGCGGACGUCAGUGUAAUUCAUUCUGAGAAAUCGCCAUCUGUGUUGCACAGGAAUGUUCAGGCAACCGUGCGUCAAUCACUUGAGAACUCUAGCACGCAAACUGACCCGAUGGUGCAAAUUCCAGCUGUUGUGCCCAAGACCACAUUCGAUGUUGUCACUCAGUCUGGUACAAUAUUCUGUGCACAAGCUGUUCAGACUGUUCCUGAGGAACGACCUAUAUUACGCACUGCGGAUGUUAAUGUGAUUCAUGGUGAGAUGUCACCGUCACUAGUAAGCAAGAAACUGCAAGCAACCAUGCGUCAAUCACUUGAGAACUCUAGCACGCAAACUGACCCGAUGGUGCAAAUUCCAGUUGUUGUGCCCAAGACCACAUUCGAUGUUGUCACUCAGUCUGGUACAAUAUUCUGUGCACAAGCUGUUCAGACUGUUCCUGAGGAACGACCUAUACUACACACUGCGGACGUCAGUGUAAUUCAUUCUGAGAAAUCGCCAUCUGUGUUGCACAGGAAUGUUCAGGCAACCGUGCGUCAAUCACUUGAGAACUCUAGCACGCAAACUGACCCGAUGGUGCAAAUUCCAGUUGUUGUGCCCAAGACCACAUUCGAUGUUGUCACUCAGUCUGGUACAAUAUUCUGUGCACAAGCUGUUCAGACUGUUCCUGAGGAACGACCUAUAUUACGCACUGCGGAUGUUAAUGUGAUUCAUGGUGAGAUGUCACCGUCACUAGUAAGCAAGAAACUGCAAGCAACCAUGCGUCAAUCACUUGAGAACUCUAGCACGCAAACUGACCCGAUGGUGCAAAUUCCAGUUGUUGUGCCCAAGACCACAUUCGAUGUUGUCACUCAGUCUGGUACAAUAUUCUGUGCACAAGCUGUUCAGACUGUUCCUGAGGAACCGCGAGUAUCCCAUUCUAUAAAUAGGAAGGUUCAAUGUUCACCUAAUUCGAAAGACAGUUCAGUGCAAGUAGAGGCUUUCGAUGAUAAGGUAGUAUCUAGCAGUACAUCUAUUGCGCACAGCAUUCAAGUCAUACCCCAGCUGACACAAACUACUCCUUCUACUACUUUUGAUGUCCAAAUCCAGUCCGGAGUAAUAUUUUCGUCUGAUGCAACACAGACCAUUGAUUUCAGUCCGGCGACUGAAAUGAAAGAAACCAGUGUCACACAUGAGAAGGAACCUGCAGUCUUGAAGGGGAAGAAGCUUCAGGUUCGCUGUGAUUUGGCUGAUCUGGCAGUGCAGACCGACCAAAUUAUGCCCGCUGUUCAACCAACCAUUUCAUCAACGAUGCAUACUGUGCCAAGCACAUCGCAAUCAAUACAAACUAUCCCAUGUACCACAUAUGAUGUUCAAAUCCAGUCCGGAGUAAUAUUUUCGUCUGAUGCAACACAGACCAUUGAUUUCAGUCCGGCGACUGAAAUGAAAGAAACCAGUGUCACACAUGAGAAGGAACCUGCAGUCUUGAAGGGGAAGAAGCUUCAGGUUCGCUGUGAUUUGGCUGAUCUGGCAGUGCAGACCGACCAAAUUAUGCCCGCUGUUCAACCAACCAUUUCAUCAACGAUGCAUACUGUGCCAAGUACAUCACAAUCAACACAAACCAGUACCACAACACUAGCUGAUGCAUUCUGUCAAGCAAAGUUACCAUCUACCACAUACGAUGUCCAAAUCCAGUCCGGAGUAGUAUAUUCGUCUGAUGGAACACAGACCAUUGAUUUCAGUCCGGCGACUGAAAUGAAAGAAACCAGUGUCACACAUGAGAAGGAACCUGCAGUCUUGAAGGGGAAGAAGCUUCAGGUUCGCUGUGAUUUGGCUGAUCUGGCAGUGCAGACCGACCAAAUUAUGCCCGCUGUUCAACCAACCAUUUCAUCAACGAUGCAUACUGUGCCAAGCACAUCGCAAUCAAUACAAACUAUCCCAUGUACCACAUAUGAUGUUCAAAUCCAGUCCGGAGUAAUAUUUUCGUCUGAUGCAACACAGACCAUUGAUUUCAGUCCGGCGACUGAAAUGAAAGAAACCAGUGUCACACAUGAGAAGGAACCUGCAGUCUUGAAGGGGAAGAAGCUUCAGGUUCGCUGUGAUUUGGCUGAUCUGGCAGUGCAGACCGAUCAAAUUAUGCCCGCUGUUCAACCAACCAUUUCAUCAACGAUGCAUACUGUACCAAGCACAUCGCAAUCAAUACAAACUAUCCCAUGCACCACAUAUGAUGUUCAAAUCCAGUCCGGAGUAAUAUUUUCGUCUGAUGCAACACAGACCAUUGAUUUCAGUCCGGCGACUGAAAUGAAAGAAACCAGUGUCACACAUGAGAAGGAACCUGCAGUCUUGAAGGGGAAGAAGCUUCAGGUUCGCUGUGAUUUGGCUGAUCUGGCAGUGCAGACCGAUCAGAUUAAACCUACUGUUAACUUGAACAGUAAAUUUAUUCAAACCACUUUUAUUCCACAUACGGAUGUAUCAUGUCAGUAUAGUGAGCUCGUGAAGCCUUCAUCGGUUAGUCAUGCAACAACCUCCACAGCUGUUAGUGUUCAAACAGACAUGCCUUAUUCAGCACAUCUACGUGUGGAUCAACGAAACAAGAAAUUCCAAGUAAAUCUAAUAUCUCCUUCAUCUCCAAAGACUCCUCCAAAUGUAACCUCUUCAGGAACGCAAACUUCAGAUUAUGGAUAUCAGAAUGUUAGUAUUAAACAGGUUGAUAAAACAACAGUUUCAUCAGUGGAUGCAUAUAUGAUACAUGAUUCAGUGUCUAACGUGGAAAGCUCUUCACAAGAAAUACCAAAGGUAAAAAUAGAUCAAGAAUGCCAAGUAAAAAUAACUCCUCAACAAUCUCAAAAGAAACUUCAAUUUGGCUCCUCAUUUUCCAUGCUGAAAAAUAUAUCUUCUCAAACUGUACAGGAUGGUAGUCUACAUGACUAUCACAGAGAUUCUAUGCCGUUAAGUAUUGGAGUUCAGGUGAGUAAUGUACGACAAGUAGUUACAGUAGAUACAGGGACUCAAGAAACAAGAUCAGAUGAGACUUCACUAUUACCUUCACAAGUUAAAAACAAAAAACUACAAGUCUAUCCAUCUAAACUUGGUGAACAAGUAGAAGAAGAAUUUAUACAUUCUCAAGGGAUCUCGACUUCAUUGACUGAGUUAACACAGACAGAUGAGAGUCUAUUAAAAAAUAUUAAAUGUUUCAAGUGUAUGUCACGGGGAAACGAUAAGAAAAUACAAAGUGAAUAUACAACAGUUGAUAAAGAUGUACAAUCGCAAGAAACAUCAGUAAAAACAAAACAAACAGCAUCAGCUACAGUGAAAUCAAAUUACUUUACACGUAUUCUUCAAAUGGAAACUAUUCCUGUUAAACUGAAAGCAGAAGAUGAAUUAGAUAUGUCAAAACAAUAUAUAGAGUUUAGUCAUAGAGCUAGGAAUGAAUCAAGAAGUGUUCAAACUGAUACAUUUUUAUUGAACACUAUUCAAUUGCCUGAAGGAAGGAUGGAAGUUGAUAGUGUUGGGAAAAUUUCGAAAAAGACUACAAUUGUUCAAUUGGAAAAGUUAACUACAGAUAAGUGUGUAGAUACUAUACCGUUUAAAAAAGAACUUGUGGAAUCUCAAACAUCCUAUUAUGAUAUUCUGAGAUUUGAUAGAAGAAAUGUUAAAUUGCAAAAAGGAAAACCAUGGUCAGAAGCACAAAUGCCAGAUAUUCAGUUUGAGACAAAACAUUCUUUAAUAAUAGAUUCAAGUGGAAGUUAUUCACCUCAACAAAAUUCGGUGGCAGUUAGUGCACGACCAACAACUACUAGUAUACUUCCUCAUGUAGCAUCAACAAGUAGAAACGGGAAUGGGAAGAGUAGAACGUUGUAUCAACAUUCGAAACCAGAUGUUAUAAGUUGGGGAGUACAGUUUGCACCGGUAACGCUUACUGGGGUAACACAAACCACUGAAUCUUUGAAACAUAAGUUAACUAUCGAUUCAUCAGUAAACGUGGGUGUACAAACUGAUGACAUUGAAGAUGACUAUUAUAUAAAAAGAGUUGUAACGACAAUAGCUAGAAAAGGUCUGUCAUCUUAUUGUCGUCGAGGUCCAGUAGCCAGGAAAAUUGUCGAACAUACAGAUCUACUGACAUCAAGUUUACCUAGUAACCUCGAUGAAGAGUUUGAUGAAGAAAUAACGGUUGGACCGAAAACAACAAAGGUAACAACUAUGCAAAAACGUGGAGAUCGUCGAGUAGUGCAUGAAGAACUACUUACAGAAGACUAUAGAGAAAGAGGAAGUUCACUUGACUCCCAUGUAGCCCACAUACGUUCUCCAAGAGAAACACACCUACGGGAUAUCGAUCUGCAUGAAAUGCAUGAACAUGAGACAGAUAUAUAUAGUGAUGCUGAAAUUUGUUUGCAGAACUUACUGAGAGUAUGGGGAGAGCAAUAUUUGCUUUCUAGACUACGAACGAUCAGCAGAUCAUCAGAACUAUCAGUUAGUCUUGGUCAAAGCAUACAAACGGCAGGAAAAUCACGGCUAGUAGAAGCAAAGACACAGUUUACAUCAACAGGUAAUUUGGUGAGUCACAUCAGAAAUCUUGAGAAUAUAGGAACACAGACUAGUGAUAUUCUCCUUACUACCCGCCCUUCGCACAAAAAUAAACGGAUACAGCGUGGUCAUAGCUUCAUCUCUGGAGGUGCAAAUCAGCCACCACAAACACGUAGUGCGUCGGCAUUAAGUCCAAUGUCACCGACAACAGAAGAACUGACAAGUCACCAUCGUCAACAUGGGAUAACAAGCAUGCAGACACACACUUCUCAUCCACUGAAUUUGGCAACUACCACAUUUACAGAGACUACACAAGAGCAAUCAACGUUCAGUAUAGAACACACAGUUCAAACUUAUGUUUGUCCAACAUGCGGAAGUCAAGCUAACAUUCCAGUGACUGUUCAUUCACAAAUACAACCGCAGGCACUUCCAAUAACGCAAUUAAAAGAUGCUCAAUCACAAACUCGAUUUAUAGGGCAAACAACAACUGAUAAUAACUAUACAUAUCUACCAACUUACCUAAGUGAUGACGAAGUAAUUCGCAUAAAUCAAAGUCAGAGAAUUGAGGACAAAGAAUUUUCGAUGGUGACAUGGCAUCCAGCAGAAACAAGAGAUACAGAACGCCGUAGAGACAGCGAUAGAAGUAAGCAAAUACGAGAUGAAGUAUGGGUUGAUAGUCCUGGGAAAUUGUUAGAACUCAAAAUAACUGGAGUAGUAGUACCUGGAACAAAUAAAAUUGUUAGUGCAAGUGAAGCAUUUUAUCGUGGCCUAUUAAGAGUAGUAUAUUGGGAUUAUGAAAAACUUGGACCAAGACAAUCAUCAAUAGAUUAUUCAACAGUCUCUAUACCACUUACAGAUGCAGUGAUUUCCAAAUCAGUUCGAUUAGCUAAUGAUAGAACAUCCACAGAAACACAACCAUCUUUGGAUGCUAAAAUAGUUUGGAGAACACCAGAAAUACAACGAAGUAGAUAUUUAGUACAUUCAAUUAGACCUGAUGCAGGUCAAAAUAAACAUGAUCCAAUUAAUUUGGAUAUUGCAUCAGCAAUACGUGCUGGUCUAAUUGACAAAGAAACCGGUCGAAUGUUGUUUACACAUUCUAUUUGUGAAUCAUCAUUAAGUACUGAUUCACCGAUAAGUAAAAAAGGUGAUAGUAGUUCUGAUCAAACGGAACAAUUAUUAUCUAUUAGAGAAGCAAUUGUUCGAGGAUUUUUAGUUGCUGAAUUAAUAGAACCUGAAUCAUCAUCAUCAUAUAUAACUAAACAAAGUAUACCACCAUUUAUUGUUCCAAGUACUAGUUAUUCACAUUCACCAACUGAUGUUGACAUUUGA